UCUACUUGUAUUUACGACCGGUCCCUGCUUAUCGUGUGACCUUAUUACCUCUUUUUAGUCUUUUCGACGCGCCGCCUUUCAGCUCAGCCGUUCUGCUUUGGCCGGAGAUGGUUCACGUCGAAGCCGUGGAGGUGAAGAGGAUUCCGGAGAUGGAUUCCGUGGAGAAGAUUCCGGAGAUGGAUUCCGUGGAGAAGAUGCCGGAGAUGGAUUCCCUGGAGAAGAUUCCUGAGAUGGAUUCCGUGGAGAAGAUGCCGGAGAUGGAUUCGGUGGAGAAGAUUCCGGAGAUGGAUUCAGUGGAGACGAUGCCGGAGAUGGAUUGGGUGGAGAAGAUUCCGGAGAUGGAUUCGGCGGAGAAGAUGCCGGAGAUGGAUUCGGUGGAGAAGAUUCCGGAGAUGGGUCCCGUGGAAGCCGUGGAGAAGAUUUUGAAUUACAGUUUCGAGAACAAGAGCCUGCUGAGAGAAGCGCUAACGCCCACCUCAACUAGUACGAUGAAGUCUAGUAUGAAGUCUCCAUUAUUCGAACGGCUCGAGUUCCUCGGCGACUCGGUUCUCGGUCUCGCCUUCACGAACCACAUCCACUUCGAGUACCCUAAUCUCGACCUGAAGGAGCAGCGUGCGUUGCGAUCCAUCAAUGUAUGUAACGAGAAAUUCGCUCGCAACGCCGUCAACCACGGCCUCCACAAGUUGCUCAUACACGAUGGUGAUCAUCUUGUAAAUGUGGAAAAUUUUUUAGAGGCGGUGAGCAAAGAAGAUGGUCCACUUUGGUAUGCGAGAUCCGUGAAAGCCCCGAAGAUCCUCGCUGACCUCGUGGAGUCCAUAGCUGGAGCUGUUUACGUUGAUUUGAAUCUCGAUAUACAAAGGCUAUGGGAGAUCUUCAGGUGUCUUUUGGAGCCAAUGCUCACGCUGAAGGAUUUGCGGCAGCAGCAAAAACCAGUCAACAUGCUUUCUCGGUUGGGUGAUAAGCUCAAGAGGCGGAUAGAAAUCAGGUGUCGCGAUUGCAAAGACGGCGGCAUUACUGCUGAGGUUUAUCUUGAUGAUACAUGUAUAGCUUCUGGGAGUGCUAAGCAGGUAUGUGUUGCGAAGAUGUUGGCUGCUACGGAAGCGUUACGGAAGUUGUCAGAAUCUGAGCCCGUUGAAAAGGUUAUCAGUGAUAGUGUUCUAGUCGUUGAAGCUGAAGAUACGAAAGGGAAGUUGUCUGAGAUUUGCUCCACUGAGAAGCUCCAGAUACAGACCGGAUCAUCUUCUUUACCUAGUACCUCUGGGACCCUUUUGACAGAAAUGACGCCAACAACUGAUGAAGAUUGUCUACAUGUUGAACCUGAAGAUGUGAAAGGGAAGAUGGUUGAGACUUGCUCCACUCGGAAGCUCCCGUUACAGAAUGGAUCAUCUGGUUUGCCCACCGCCUCUGAGAACCCUUUAACCUAUGAAAUGACACAGAAACAAAUGGUUAUUGAUGAGUAUAGUCUAGAGGUUGAACCUGUAUAUGCGAAAGCUAAGUUACGUGAGAUUUGCACCAAAAGAAAGUGGCCCAAUCCGAUUUUCAGUAUUGAGGAAGUAGGAGUAAAACACGACAAGAGAUUUGUUUGUUCAGUCAAGAUUAAGAUCCCAACUAUGGAAGGUGCGUUUCACACGAAGGGAGAAGAAAGAGCAAGGAAAAAGGAAGCAGAAAACUCCUCAGCCUACCACAUGUUAAGAGCCUUGAAAUCUCCUCUAAUGAGUCUUGUCUUAAGGAGUCCGGAAAUGCAAGAGAGUGUAGGGAAGAAGAAGAAGAAGAAUCUGCAAAGAAAAAUGAUUCGAGAGAUGGAUUCCGUGGAGGUGGAAGCCGUGGAGAAGAUUUUGAAAUACAGUUUCGUGAACAAGGGACUACUCAAGGACGCGCUUACGCGCUCACCUUACGAGAAGCUUUCUUCAGUCUCUCGGCUUCAGUUCCUCGGCGGAGCUGCUCUUUCCCUCGCCUUCACUACUCACUUCUACCUCUCAUACCCUAACUACGAGCCCAAGGAGUUGACUCCUCUGCGGUGGAUAAAUAUAACGAAGGAGAAAUUCGGUCGUGACGCCAUCAAACACGGCCUCUACCAAUUCCUUAUAGGCGAAGUACCAGAUGAAAAGGCAAGAAAAUUCAUAGAGGCUGUGAGCAAAGAAGAUGAUCCACUUCCGUAUGGUGGAAUCAGUAACGCCCCAAGAAUCCUCGGUGACGUCAUAGAGACUGUAGCUGGAGCUAUUUAUAUUGAUGUGAAUUUUGAUGUACGAAGACUCUGGGAGAUUUGCAGGUUUCUUUUCGAGCCAGUAUAUACACUGGAUGAUUUGCGGCGGCAACCUCAACCACUUGCUACGCUAUUUCGUCUGGCUGAUAAACACGGAAAGCGAGUCGAGUUCAGGUAUUGCGAUGGCGAGCCCUACGGGCCCACUGUUGCUCAGGUGUAUCUUGAUGAUACGUAUAUAGCUUGUGGGAAUCCCAGAGGGGAUAUACAUCAUGCGAAGCUGACCGCUGCUAAGAAAGCGUUACAGAAGUUGUCAGAAGGUAUGCCCAUUGAAAUGGUUGUGGAUGAGGAUAGUCUUGACAUCGAAAUCGAAGAUGCCAAGGAGAAGUUGAUUGAGAUUUGCAACAAGAGAAAAUGGCCCAACCCGAUUUACAGUAUUGAGAAGGCAGGGAAGGGAUUAGUUUGUUCAGCAGUUAAGAUUGAGACUCCAACUGAGGAAGGUACCUUAUACAUCAAGGGAGAUAAGAACAAAAAGAGAAAGAUUGCAGAAAACUCAUCAGCUUCUCUCAUGAUAAGAGCUUUGAAAUUUCAUCUAAAGGAUGAUUUGUAAAGUUAAAAAGUGCUUUUACCUUGAACCACCAUAGUCUCUAUAACAUUAUCAACAGCUUUUGGGUCAUUAGGAAAAGAGAUUCUUGUCGUCUUAGACUUAUUUAGUUUAAUAGAUGAGGAGAGGAAGUUUCGUCUUGUUUCAGGCAAGGCAGUGUAUGUUUUCGAUAUGUUGUCUUUUUUUAGUUCAGGAUUAGUCUUUUAUUUAUUACAAAAAUUAAAUAUGUUUAUUACAUGAGGAUAUUACAAACGUUUCUUAUGCCGAAUCAUUAUAAACCUUUUUUCUUAGCGGUAGUUGAAUAUUUUUGUUGUUCUCGUCUUACUUUCUCG